ACCAAACCACAGAUUCCCCCAUCUUCCUCUACGUUCUUUUCAAUUCUCAACCUUAUAUUCUCUUUUCCACCUCUCUCCCUCUCUCUCUCUCUCUGCAAUUGUGUACUUAUAUAUAUAUAUAUAUAUAUACAGAAACCGAGAAAAUCGAAAGUACAAAGAAAAUGAAGAACACCCAUUUGCAGGAGGAAUCCAAGAACGCUGCUUCCGGAUUUUCUCACCGGAGUCUUGAAUUUUCCUGCCAGCCAAACAGACCCACCAAGCCAACGUUCACAAAGACUUGUUCCCCAGAAGAAUCUGAGAAUGCUACCGUCCGCAGAAAUCCAGCAUCUUCCGAGAAACCAAACAAGGAAGAAUCAUCGGACCAGGAAACGGCUUUGUCGGGACGAGAGAGGCUGAAGAGGCACAGAGAAGAAAUCGCCGGAAAAGUUUCGAUACCGGAGAAAUGGGGGAAAGAAGGGUUGCUGAAGAAUUGGAUGGAUUUCUCCGUGUUUGAUUCCGCGUUUACUUCCAAUCAGGUUUUCUCGGCUCGAGCUUCUCUAAUGGCGGACUCUACCGCCGCCGGCGCCGCCGGCGCCGCUGGAAGAGGGGUUUCCCGACAGCGUUUAAGGAUAGAGAGUUCUUGUUAAUUCUGUAUUUUUCUCUUUCAUAAAUAUUAGCUUAUCUAAUAUACAUCCUGCGAUUCUGAGAUUUUGCGCUUCAUAGACAAUAUUUUUAUUUUAA